CAAACAACCACAGAACCACAAGUGCGGUGCAAACUUUCUCCAGGAGGACAGCAAGAAGUCUCUGGUUUUUAAAUGGUUAAUCUCCGCAGGUCACUACCAGCCACCGAGACCAACAGAGUCAGUGAGUGCUCUCUAACCACAGUCUAUGCAGUAAUAGUAGGUCCUUCAAAUAUUUGCUCAUUCUCUUUUUUGUUUUGUUUCUUUGCUUUUCACAUGUUACCAGCUACAUAAUUUCUUGACAGAAAAAAACAAAUAUAAAAUCUAUGCACUCCAGGCAUACUGUAAAACUAAAACAAGAUUUGGCUAUGGUUUGUAUUUUCAGUUUAAGGCUACAAGGAGUAUUUACACCAGAAGGUACAAAUCCUAUCUGAAAAAAAAAGAGGGACUAUGGCAUCAAACAGCCUCUUCAGCACUGUAACACCAUGUCAGCAAAACUUCUUUUGGGAUCCGAGCACCAGUCGGCGGUUCAGCCCCCCCUCCAGCAGCCUGCAACCCGGCAAGAUGAGCGACGUGAGCCCGGUAGUGGCUGCCCAGCAGCAGCAGCAGCAGCAACAGCAGCAACAACAGCAGCAGCAGCAGGAGGCGGCGGCGGCGGCGGCGGCGGCGGCGGCUGCCGCUGCGGCAGCGGCCGCGGCCGCGGUGCCCAGGCUGCGCCCGCCGCACGACAACCGCACCAUGGUGGAAAUCAUCGCUGACCACCCUGCCGAGCUCGUCCGCACAGACAGCCCCAACUUCCUGUGCUCCGUACUGCCCUCUCACUGGCGCUGUAACAAGACCCUACCCGUGGCGUUCAAGGUGGUGGCCCUUGGAGAAGUACCAGAUGGGACUGUGGUCACCGUCAUGGCUGGUAAUGAUGAAAAUUAUUCUGCUGAGCUCCGAAAUGCAUCUGCUGUCAUGAAAAACCAAGUAGCAAGAUUCAAUGACCUGAGAUUUGUGGGUCGGAGUGGAAGAGGAAAGAGUUUCACCUUGACGAUAACUGUCUUCACAAAUCCCCCCCAAGUUGCCACCUACCACAGAGCUAUUAAAGUUACAGUAGAUGGGCCUCGGGAACCAAGAAGGCACAGACAGAAGCUUGAUGACUCUAAACCUAGUUUGUUCUCUGAACGCCUCAGUGAUUUAGGGCGCAUUCCUCAUCCCAGUAUGAGAGUAGGUGUCCCGACUCAGAACCCACGGCCCUCCCUGAACUCUACACCAAGUCCUUUUAAUCCACAAGGACAGAGUCAGAUUACAGACCCUAGGCAGGCACAGUCAUCCCCUCCAUGGUCAUACGACCAGUCAUACCCAUCCUACCUGAGCCAGAUGACAUCACCAUCCAUUCAUUCCACCACCCCUCUGUCCUCCACCCGGGGUACGGGGCUUCCUGCCAUCACCGAUGUGCCCAGACGAAUUUCAGGUAAAGACCAUAUUUCAACUAAGACCCAGGAACACAUAGUGGAGAUGGGAACAAGGUGGGCUGAGAUGACCUUGUAUAAACAAACUUAAGAGUAAUUAUUGGUUUUGAAGGGGAGUGGGGAAAGGUGUGGCAACAUGGAAGUUAGUCUCCAAACUGUGAGUGUCAGGUACCCUGAAAGUUUCAAAAGUCAGCAAGAAAUGAAAACUCCUCAAACAUUAGUGUUAUUUUCUUAAAGAAGGUAUUUCCUUAGCACCUAUUUUAUUAUCUUGCUGAAUAGCACUGACUAUAGGAAACCCCGUCUAAUAAGCAGGGUUUCCCCUCCCCUUGGAAGCCUCUCUUUUCCCAAGUCUCCUCCUGCUUAUGUUACUUUCUUUGCUUUCCCCCCACCUAAAUUCAGCUACAUACAAGAUUAUGGAUUGAUGACAUAGUCCUCUAUUUAUUUCUUCUUUAGGUCCUAAACUCUUCCUCUUUUAAAAUCCAGGACUUCAAGGAAGCCAGUUCCCUGAGAACUCAUGUAUGCUUAAGAUUCUUAUCAGAAACUGGUCUAGUCACUUCAGAGUGCACAGAGUUACCCUGCAGACACUGAAAAAAAGUUAUGUGGCCUCAGACUGAUCAAAGUAGGGAGGCAGCUUUUUCUUAGGAGUCCAUACAAAACAUAUCAUGCUGGCACUUCUGCCUUUCACAUCAUAUGUACAAGUGCUCACACUUCCAUUGUCUGAAAGGCCCUGCAAAGAUUCUUGGGACACAGUAAAGAUGCCUAGUUUAAUCAGCCUGGUGGUCCUCUUUAUCUCAGAUAAUCCAUUUUUUCAGUCACCAGGAAGGGUCCCAUGAAGACUGCUGACAGGCAGUGAGAGAAAGGUUGAAGAGCCUCUGGCUAAACAACAGCAUAUAUCAGAUGAAUCCAGCAAGUCUCAAUUUUCUAAAACAACAACAAACAACAAAACAAAGGCCAGAAAGAAUUGGAUUCUGUGUCUGACUUCCUGUGUUUGCCAGACACUGUUCCCCAUCCAAGUAUUUGGGCCCCAUACACCUGUUUGACUCCUGGCCAGGUUAAUUUCUUUCUUUCUCUUUGUGUCCCCUGUCUCUGUUUCUUUCUCUGUCUGUCUGUCUCUCUCUCAUUUUCUGCAAAGCUCGCAGCCGUUAUUCACUCCGCUGAGUUGCAUCACUGACAAGUUGAACCUCCGCCAGCAGGCUUGCAGGUUUUGAUUAGUUCAGACUCCUUUAUUUCUUUCAACUUGGGAGGAGGGAAAGCUUUGUUUCUCAAGCAAAUAGCAGGAAAAGUUCUCUCUGGUCCUAGUGCACACCAUAUUUUCUGCGGCAGAUGGAUUCUCAUGGGGGUGAGUAGGGAGGGAAGUGGGGUUUGGGUGGAGGGGACAGAGUUCUUUCGAAAACAAUAUGUUACUGUUUUUCAUUGUUACAAUUGCUACUAUGACAUUUCUGAGGAGUUAUACAAAAUUUAGUUAGUCGUUUUCUCCAUUUAUUGAGACGUUCAUCUCAUUUAGAAAAAAACAGUUAGAAGACAUAGAGGAAAGAUGAGGGCUUAGGUAGGCUUGAAGGCUGAGUGUGUGACAACAUUGAGCCUGUACUGACUUUUUCCUUCCUCUUCCUUCUGAAAGAUUAGUUUGUUUCGAGCAAUGCCAUAUUGGACUGAUUUGGAUAGCAUAGAUUUGUGCAGACUUGCUUCUGUUUGGGUCCUCUGAAACAUUGGUCUGCCCAGUCCUUUGUGACUAAAACAGUUAGGGUUGGCCAUGUGGCUCCCAGAAGGACCUGGAAGGAGAACCUCUAUCUGGGAAUAGAGUAGCUGGAAAGUUAACUACCUGUGGGAUUUACUUAUAAAGAGUAUUGCAUACAUGAAUAAGUACAAGAAACUAGUAGGAAAAGAAAAACCCAGCUACCUAAGGCCAACAAUGAAAAGAAUCCAUGGCUAUGGAAUAUUUAAGACUACUUGGCAUUUAUAUUAGAUUGUUUUCAAAUUCCUUAAAAGGAAUUAUUGCUUAAAGCAUCAAGAACUAGUUCCACAUCCACAUUUCCAUUCUACAGGGAAGGAAGGUGGUGCCAGAGAUCAACUCAUUAGCCAGCCUCAUAUUGACCCAGGGAAAGAGAGAAGAACAGAUCUCUGCUUUAAACUAGUUUUGAACUGAAUUUAGUCCAGUUUCUUUCCACCUUCUCUAACAUUUCCUUGACUCCUUAAAAGGGAAAUACUUUAAUGCCCAGGUGAGAGGUGCUGUAUAAACAUUUAAUAAAAUAGAACAGAAAAUCCCUCUUGUCAGCAUAUGGUGUAAAAGGAAGAAACAACUGGACUUAAGCUGUCAGGAAGCUGGAGGAACCCUGAUACAUCCAGCCUUGUUUCUAGGUGGGGAGCUAUGCCAGGAGAUCAGAGCACUUGCUGAGAGUUCCAUUGGGCAGGAUUUCUUCAUGUAGUUGCCAUUUUGAAUCCUCUCAGAAGUGGUCUUUUGCAUUCUUGGUACUCUUUAUAACCAUCUGGAGAACACCGUGCUCAUUAAAACCAUUUCUUGCGGGAACUCAUGUGUAAGUGGCAUGUUAUAUAUUUCCUUCAGGUUAUACUGAAGGAAAUGUAAUGUAAUUUAGUGCUAUCCUUAGGGAGCCCAUAUCAUGGGACUAUUAUAAGUGAGACUACUGUAUAAUGAGAUAGCAACAACUAAGUCCCUUUGGAUAGAGUAGAUAGAUAGAAGGAUGGAUGGAUAUAAAUGUGCCGCAUUUUUGAUUCAAUAGUUAUUCAACCCCUUAAAGUGCUCAAAGCAUAUGUAUACAGAAGCAGUGGAUUAAGUAACACUAAUAAACAAAAAACUAAACUUUUAAGUGGAUAAAUUAGAGGAAGACUAUUAGUAUUUUUUAAGAGGAAUUAAUCAUAAAGUUCCUUUAAGUACAGCCCCUAAGUGCAUCCACAUAUUUGCUUAUUGGUUAAGCUUCUAAUAGGAGUCAUUCAUUUCAUCACAUCAUGCCCUAAAAACAUUCACAGAAUAGUCAUAUUGAAACCACGUCCUGAGAUCCUGCUUCUAGGUCAUCCCUUAUUGAUUUUGGUUAAGACCAGGGAGUGUCAAAAUAAGGGAGAGAGAACCACAUACAACCCCAAUUCAUCCAUUGUCUUCAUGAUUAUCAUAAUAUUAUUAUGUACAUAAUAUUUUUAAAGUUCAAAGCAUUUGUGACACUUGACACCAAGAUUUACAAUUAUUUCUCUGGGGUCAUUACUGGCUAUUUUAUAAAUAAAUAAUUACUAACUUCAAAAUAUUUUUGUUACUAUCUUACUUUGAAAAGAAGCAUUGUGUUUUAUUUAAUUUGAUUCUUCAGGCUAUAUAUCAGAGCUUGAGCUCUUACAAACUACCCACAAGGAAACCUUGGGUGUAUUUCUUUAUUCAGAGCAGGGGGAACCUAUGAGUUCUACCUUUCUUCUCCCCAGGGGAGUGAACACCUCUCUCAAUGUCUGUUUACUUCACAUCCAUGUACAUAGGCUACAGAGGGUCUGUGUGAGGUCUCUAGAGUUAGAAUUGAAUGAUGAAUGAUGGUCUUUAAGAACUUCAUAAUAAAGAACACUUGAUUUUUUUCAUCAGAAGACCUCUGGAAAAGUCACUUUCCUUCUCCAGGUCCUAGUUUCCUCCUCUGUAAAAUAAAGAGCUUGGACUCUGUGGUCUAAGAUCUUUUCAGUCUUUAAGGUUCUUUCUUAUGAUCCUAUGCCCAACUCUGACAUUUUAUUGCAGAUCUCCCUGGGAUAUGUAGGGAUAAGUCAGAGUUGAAAGUCAAUGGGUGGGGUAGUUAGGAGGCACAGAGGAUAGAACACCAGGUCUGAAGUCAGGAGAACCUGGAUUCAAAUCUGAUUUAAGAUACUUCUUAGCUGUGUUUACCUAGGCAAGUCACUUAACCCCAAGUGUCUAACUCUUUCUUUUCUGUCUUAGAGUUGUGACUAAGACAAUAAGAGUUAAGAAGAAAGGAAGGAAAUAAGGGAAGAAGGAAGGAAGGAAGGGAGGGAGGAAGGAUGGAAGGAAAGGAAAAAGAAAGGAAGGAAGGAGGGGAGUGGGCUUGAAAAUUCAGGAGGGAAUACUUCAGACUGGGUAGAGGAGUUCUUUCUCUUAUUUGCAGGUAGAGAACACUCAUUCCACAAUGUAUAGACAAAAAGGAAAAUCCCUCAGAAGGGGAUCUUAUUUUUCUAUUUGAAACCAUUGCUCAUGCUCUCUGUCCUUUCCAAGGUCUUUUUCCAGACCUCUAGAUAUUAAAGCAGAAAAAGCUAAAAAUCUAAAUAUUUAUCAAACUCCUAUUAUAGCAAUUUGGGAUCUGCUAAGGUUAUAAAAUUCAAAACAAAACCAUUUCUACCUCCAAGGUACUGAGCUUACAGUCUAUUGGGAGGAAAUAACCUAUUCAAAGAUAGAUUUAGGACAAGGAAAAUCCAGUUAGUCAGUCAAUUAACAUUUGUAACAUCAUUGCUUUGUUCCAUAUACUGUGCUAGCCACCAGGGAUACUAAGAUAGACAUGAAACAUCCCCAUACCCUUAAGGUUCUUACAUUCUAUUGGGGAAAGUAGUUUGUAUACAGGAGGAAAUAUACGACAAGGCACUCAUAGAGGAGAGUAGUAGGGAUCAGGGAAGGAUUUAUCAAGGGGAUCACUCCUGAUUUGAACCUUGAAAGAGAACAAAGAUUUUGAGAGGUGCAGAUGAGAAGUAGAAUUUUGAAUUUGAGAAAUAGUUGAUAGUCCAGUUUGGUUGAAACAGAAUUUAUCACUCACUCAAGAUGAAUUAAUUAAGGAUCCACUAAUAGUCAUACUAGAAGCUGGAGGGAGUAUAUAAAAUUUAAAAAAUUAAACUAUCUGUAUUCUCAAAGAGCAUACUUUCAGAGAGAAAGACAUGUACAUACACAUAUAUAUAGAAUAUACACAUACAUGCAAACAUGUAUUUAUAUAUAUAUAUAUAUAUAUAUAUAUAUAUAUAUAUAUAUAUAAACAUAAACUACAGAGAAAUUAGGAAGGAUGAGGACAGAGUAAAGAAAGAGACCAUAGGAUUAGUCAGUGAAGAAAGAGAUCACUGGUAACCUUUGAAGAAACCAUUUUAGUGACGUUAAGUGGUGGUGAUGGAGCCCAAAUUUCAAGACAUCUAGAACUGAGUGAAUUAGGGUAGGAUUAUUUGCAAGCAUUCAUGAUCCCCAUUUUGCUACAGAAUAAACUGAGACGCAUAGUCAACCACACAGGACCUUUGGAGACAUCUGUUGUGCUAAGCUGUAGUAUCUUGAAAGGUCAACUUAAUCAACAAAAUGAAUCAAAUUAUGACAAACAAAAUGUUUUCAGCACGAUCGCAGAAUCUAGAAACUGCUGGUGGAAAAUCCCCAUCUGGUUAUCUGAGGGUCAGGGAGGUAGCUUUUGUUUGUUUGUUUUCCUGGGUUUGGGGGCAAGUUUACUAACCUAACAUUAUUGGCAAUUUAAAAUUAGCCCCAUAAGCAACUUAACCAAGGAUCUUAUGUCAGUUCCUAGGGUCACAGAUUUAAAGCUGGCCACAAUCUUAGAGGGAGGGAUCAUGGAACAGUGUAAAUAGUGUAAAAGGCUUCAGACCCUCUUUUGAAACUUACUAACCAGUCUUGAGACCUAGGGCAGUUCACCUCAAUGGCCCUCAGUUUCCCUAUCUCUAAAACAAAGGAUUUGGAAGAGAUGGUCUUUGAAGUCUUUUCCAACUCUGAGGCUAUGAUCCCAUGAUUCUAAUAUCCUCUAGUCCAAGAUUCUAAUAUCCUCUAGUCCAAGGAGUUCUUUAGUUUCUUUAGGUCAUGGAACCCUUUGGCCGUCUAGUAAAGCAGAGGGACUCCUCUGAAUUAUGCUAUUAAAUGUACAAGCUAAGAUUCAUGGGAUUACACAGGAAACCAGUCCUAUUCAAAUAGUUACAAAAAUAUUUUUUUGAAACAUGUUCAUGGACACCAGGUUAAUCCAACUCCCUUGUUCUACAAAUGAGAAUGAUGCCUUGCCAAGGCCACAUAGGUCAUAAAUGGCAAAGCUGAGAUUUGUACCCAGGCCUUCUCACUGCAAUUUCUGCAUUCGUGACCCUCAUUCUGUUCACACAGUGUGGUCAGUAUUAGUUUGGAGGAAGAGCAACUUUUGUUUCCUAACGAGGAACACCUCCAGAAAAAUCUGGAAGGAGAGCUACAAAACUGUAACUGACAGCAUGAGAAAGCCAAAGUGAAAACUCCAAGAAUAAACCAUGAAAACGUGGGGGUUUUGUUUUUGUUUUUUGUUUUACUUCAGAGCCAGCCCUUAUUUUUAGCAGCCACCUGCUUGUAGACACACCUUUGCCAUGGAAGCCACAGGGCAAGUAAUUAAGCUUAAUAAGAGCCACUCUUAUUUUGAAGGAGCCCUCAUUUAAAGCCACAGGGGGGGAAGUUGUUAAACUUAAUGGACCCUAGACAAAAGCAUUCAAGAUGUUAACUACUUGAGUGUUCUGGACAUUUUUCUCUUUUAUAUUGACUGCUUCAGUAUCUCUGCAUUUUUAAAAGUUCCCUUCAUUUUACAUGCAAAAAAAAAAAAAAGUUCAGGCUGAUCUGCUGGCUCAGACAGCAGACUUGUUUGCAACUGCAUGCUUUGCAUUGGGUGGUACUGGGAAGAAAAAGCAGAGGGGUCCUCCACCUUUCCAGAAUGAGUUGGGAGCAGAUAGGCAGAGUGGUGGUUCAGGGAUGUUCCAUUAACUCAGGUUGAAUUGUCGUGGUUGGGUGAUGAAUGAGUGUUUGCGUGGAGUUUCUGGGGCUCAGAAUGAAACCAGUGUGUGCUAUAUGAUUUUGGUUUCAUACAUGUUUCUCUUCAGUGGUUUGUAUGAGGUUUCAUUUCUGUCAUAUGUAAAACCACUCAUGCAUCGGAGAAAGAUUUAGUCAUGAAAAGAGUCCAAUCUACUAGGGGUGGGGUAAGGGAGACAUAUUUGUGUGAGUUUCGUGGAAAGUCAUCCCAGAGAAAAUCUGAAGAUUUAAAGUUUCAAUUCAGGCAGAUUUUUCAGAGUUACUGUAAAAUGAAAGCUCCUACGUAUUUCUCACAAUGGUUUUCAUGGGAGAAAAGGGGAGUUAGAGAAUGGGGGCAGGGGGGGUAAAUGUAAUUUAACUUGACUUAAAUUCGAGACUCAACUUCAAAGAUUCCCUGAAACUGACUUACUCUUAGAUUAGUCAUAUAGCCUUAUUGUAUGGCAGCCAGCUUAGAUGUAAAAUGGGUUAAUAAAAGUUGUCCUUUCAAUGUAUCUCAGAAAUUGUAUAAGGAGGGAGAUGAAACUUAGCCAAUUCCCAGAAUCAUACUCUUGAUCAUAAAGGCAAAUAAGAUAGUGUAUGUUAAAGUACUUAGUAAGCUGCAAGGUACUAUGUUAAUGUCUGAAAUAAUUACAGGGAUUUGUUAAGUAUGAAAAAAGUCAAAUCAUGCUCCUAGCUUACAAGAAAUAGAGAAAGUGGCUUGUAAUAAACCUACUGUGGUAGUUUUAAAAGUAAUCCAGUAUGUCUUCUUUCUACCUUGGAAUCCCUAAUUCCCUUUUUCUUCUAUCAUAGACUUUGUCAGUGACAUUCCAUGUUAGAAAACGUCUUAGGAAUUCCUUGCUAGGAAUGCUUCUUCUGUAAUAGAAAUUUUCAGCAGAUGGCCCAGAUGGCUGUCUCUUCCAUCCUUAGUCAGUGAAAAGCAUUUUUUCAUUUAAUUAGUGGUUCUUUGGAGCUGCAAAAAGACAUUCAUUUCUAUCUCAUCAACUACAAAAGUCAGAUUUAGGUUAAAUUAUUUUAAUUAAACAUUCUCACUUUGUGUAGCUGAACGAAAAAAAAAAAAGCACCACCUCCAAUUUCCAUCCAGCCUAACAAAUAUUUAAACGACUGAUAUUAAAAGAUUAUAGAAUCAUAGCCUUAGAGCUGGAAGGGACCUUAAUAGCUAUCUAGUCCACCUUCUUAAUUUUCUAUUUAAGGAAACUAAGACCCAGAGAGAUUGUCACUUGCAGGGUCAUACGGCAAGUGAGUGACAGAGCAGAAUUUUAAACCAGUCUGGAUUGACUCCAAACUUGGUACACUGUACCAUGUGUCCUUAAAGUACCGUGUUAGAUUUUAGGGAUACAAUGAUUAAACAAAACAAAACCAAAAACUCGGUCACUGCCUCAAGGUCCUUGCAUUCUACUGGUACAAGCUCAUAUUGGUCUGAUCAGCCACAAUCAGACACACUGUACUUUGACCCUUACAUAGUGUUUCAUUUUGAUCCUUUUUGGAUAUGAAGGACAAUGACCAAGGUGUAAUUUAAAACACACACACACACACACACACACACACACACACACACACACACACACACACACACACCUCUAGAGAAUUCCUAGUGAGGAGAAUAUAGAUUAGAAACCACCAUCUGGAGCAAGUAAGAAGAGGAGAAGAUGGGGAAAGACAAGACAAAAGGUUAUAGAAAAAUCAUGAGAUCAUUGCACCACUAUCACACAUCUAGAGAGAGCACAGGGAGGUGAGUCAGCUAGUAGUUUGGCAAUGGAUAAUGGGAAAGAGGUACUUGAGCAGGCUAGAGUAAGGAGGGAAGUUAACCAACUGAAUGUUUUGAUCAUUUCAAAUUAUAUGUUAGGCAAAUUUUAAAUGAUAUAUUUCAAAAUGGCAAGGUUUUCACUUUUGAUCCCUUUCUGGUGACCUAAGCACCUUUUAAACCCUGAAAUGAAUACUUAAAUCUGAUCCAAGUUCUCUUGAGAGAAACAUUGAUUCUAGAGAAUGAAAUUCUAGAGAGAUUAGGCUUCGUAGUAUUGUUCCAAAUUAAAUUGUUAAUUUAAACUCUUUGAUUUAUCUUAAAGUUCCAGAAAAAGAAAGUUGAAGGGAGGAGACAG